AUGGCGGAAGGUGAGGAAGAUAUACUGGGAGACGCCGAGUUAAAUCUUUGGGAAGAAGAGCUUGCCAGGUGCGAGGGUGUACGGGGUCCGGCAAACGCAUCGGGCGUUAGAAAAGCUGCGAAAAAGUUGAAAACUGUAUUCAAGGGAAGUAAUAGUGUAGAGCCUGCGAAUUCUAAUCACGAUGUUCCUCUUGGAGAAGUCGUCGUGCCUCAAAGGAAAGAAAGUCGGGACAGUACAGUCAGUGGAACGUUUAGCGAUAGCCGAUCCAGUUCGGCGUUACCAAGGCCACACAGCCAGGCAAUAAGCGAAUUUACGAGCGAAGUUAGUAUUUUGGAUCACGAUGGGGGCGCUACGGACGAAACCGAAAUACAUAUUGAUACGGAUAAACCAGAAAGAAAAAGUAAAAGGAACUGCUUGACAUUUUUAUGCCCGAGUAGGAAAAAUAAAUCUUGGAUUUUGAAUCCCGAUGACAGUAGCUUUCUUUUCUUCUGGUUAACUACACUGACACUGGCAGUGGUUUAUAACUUGUGGACUAUAAUUGUCAGGGGAACAUUUACUGAACUUCAAACAAAAUAUUCGUCAUUUUGGUUCGCUUUGGAUUACUUGUCAGACGUAGCUUACUUGAUUGACACCGUUAUUUGUUUUCAUACAGGCUACAAUGAAUGUGGUGUGUUCGUGCAAGAUGUCCGACAACUUGCCAGGCGUUACUCGCGCACGUGGCGAUUUGUUCUAGACAUCGUAUCCAUCUUACCGUUGGACUUUUUUUAUUUAUCAAUCGGCGUUUGUCCGUUUUUAAGAAUUAACCGUCUCUGUAAGUUAUACCGAGUCGUGGAGUUCCAUCGUAUGGUCGAACUUCGAGCAGCUAUGCCUAACUUCUGGAGGAUGGCCAAUAUUGUUCACGCGAUCCUUGUAGUUGUACAUUACAACGGUUGUUUUUACUACCUUGUCUCAGAACAUGAAGGAUUCGGCGAACUCACAUCCAGUUGGGCGUAUCCCGAUCCCAGCAUUCACGCAGACUUCCAGUCACUUUCCAGAAAAUAUCUAUAUUCUGUUUAUUGGUCGGCGUUGAGUCUUACGACAGUGUCGGGUCUUCCCUCGCCAGAAACGGACCAACAGUAA